GUGUUUGUGCAGUCUGCGUUUGUGACCAGCCUAGGUGGGAAGCCAUUUUGGUUGAUCAAAUCGUGUCUGAUCGGAGUAAAGUCGGUGGCUACGGACAGAGGACAUCUAGCACUACAUUAUGAACGGAGGGAUUGAAAAGUUAACGAGAGUUCCAGAAUUGCUGUUUCAGAGUCGUCAAGGUUCAUUAUGUGUUUUCUCAGGUUAUCUUCAGAACUCGUGGCAAAGCCACCAUGAAAGAGGAGCCAUCACACCAUUUGAGAAGAGAGACUAAAGCUCAUCAGACAUGUUUAUGGAGAACUGAAGAACGAUCGAUCAAAACUAAGUAUUUCGAAGCCAAAUUUUGAGAUCGGAUCUGCCGAUAAGUCAACUUCAUCAGUGUUUUUCCGUUGAUCUAGAAGGAACCAGAAAACGAGCGAGAUAUCAAUCGAAAGAUCUCGUUGUCAGCUUUCCAGAUCAUCUUCCCGAUCGUAAAACCAAGGCACGGUUGGAAAGUUAUUGACGUUGCUUCUUGGCCAAGGAUAAGCUGAAGCUUUAGUGAUGCAGAUACAGUUCCGACCAGUCUCAGUGUAAAGGCCAAACGGCCGAUCUAAACGAAAGCUUUCAAUCUGGAAAUUUGUAAGUAAGUAGUUGAUUCUUUUAUCUAUCAUCUCCAACAAGCGGAUCGUUAUUUCGAGUUAUUAUCUGAGAAUUAUGCUUGUUUUCGUGAGAGGUGUUUGUGCAGUCUGCGUUUGUGACCAGCCUAGGUGGGAAGCCAUUUUGGUUGAUCAAAUCGUGUCUGAUCGGAGUAAAGUCGGUGGCUACGGACAGAGGACAUCUAGCACUACAUUAUGAACGGAGGGAUUGAAAAGUUAACGAGAGUUCCAGAAUUGCUGUUUCAGAGUCGUCAAGGUUCAUUAUGUGUUUUCUCAGGUUAUCUUCAGAACUCGUGGCAAAGAGAAGAGAUGAACCCAACAAAAAAAAAAGAAAGAUUUUAAUGAGAGAUAUUAAUUCAAAAGAUUCGUCAACAUAGUCCUUGGAGAAGGGUUUGGUGAGAACCGGCGGUGGAUCCGACGGAGAUGGCAAAGACCGGAUUUCUCGAUUCGGAUCCGACUGCGAUAUCCAAAGCAAAAGAACUAAAGCGUGAGAUGAAGAAACUCCUGAGUAACAUCGUCGAGGAAGAGGAUGAUGGUUUGAGCGUUCAGACAAUCGAUCAGUUGCAGGAGGCUCUGUCUGCGUUUAGACAUGCGACGAUGAGGAAGAUGGCGAAAUCUUCUUCUUUAGAGAUGCUCGAGACGGCGGCGGUGUCUUGUCCUGACGAGUUUCGCUGUCCUCUCUCCAACGAGCUCAUGCGUGAUCCCGUCGUCUUGGCUUCUGGUCAGACAUACGACAAGUUAUUCAUCCAGAAAUGGUUGAGUUCAGGAAACAGAACAUGUCCCAAGACACAACAAGUUCUGCCUCACACUGCUUUGACUCCCAAUGUCUUAAUCCGCGAUAUGAUCUCUAAAUGGUGCAAGACGGUAGGGUUAGAGACUAAGAAUCUAUACGAGUCCGAGGAAGCUGUCACUAGAUCAGAUCGUGAAGUUUUCGAUUCUUUGCUCUGUAAAGUCUCGUCUACGAACUCGCAAGAUCAGAGAUCAGCUGCAAAGGAGCUAAGACUUUUGACCAAGAAGGGAACCGAGUUUCGAGCUCUGUUCGGUGAAUCUUCUGAAGGAAUCACCCGUUUGGUGAGUCCAUUGUUGCUACACGGGUCUAGCUUGAACCAAGAUGAGCAUCGUCUUCAAGAAGAUGUGGUCACAACGUUGUUGAACAUAUCCAUACACGAUGAUAGCAACAAGAAGCUCGUCUGCGAAAACCCUAACGUGAUACCUCUCCUGAUCGAUGCAUUGAAGCGUGGAACCGUAGCCACGAGAAGCAACGCAGCUGCAGCGAUCUUCACUCUCUCUGCGCUAGAUUUGAACAAAGUACUCAUAGGAAAAUCUGGAAUCUUGAAACCGCUUAUCGAUCUUUUAGAAGAAGGGAAUCCUUUAGCUAUCAAGGACGUAGCUGCGGCGAUCUUUACUCUAUGCAUUGCUCAUGAGAACAGGAGCAGAGCUGUGAAGGACGGGGCUAUUAAAGUUUUAGGUAAGAAAAUUUCAGAUGGGUUGUACGUGGAUGAGCUUUUAGCUAUCUUAGCGAUGCUUGUUACUCACUGGAAGGCUGUGGAGGAACUGGGUGAGCUUGGUGGGGUCUCUUGGUUGCUGAAGAUAACUAGAGAGAGUGAGUGCAAGCGGAACAAAGAGAACGCGAUUGUGAUACUGCAUACUAUAUGUUUUAGUGACAGGACAAAGUGGAAGGAGAUCAGAGAAGAGGAGAGUAGUCAUGGAACGAUAACAAGGCUUGCGCGUGAAGGAACGUCUAGGGCACAGAGGAAAGCAAAUGGGAUCUUGGAUAGGCUGAGAAAAGCUAUGAAUCUUACUCACACAGCCUGAGAUAAAUGUCCUAAAAUCCGCUAUGUAAAUUAUCUAAAUUCAUGCUUUUUCUGUUUUAUUUGGAUUUCAGUAUUUUUGUAAAUUAUUUCAUAUAUUUAGGAUUUGAACAAUAUAUAGUAGGAAACUGUGUGAAUAGUUCUUUCUUUGAUGUUUUCUGUGAUGAUGCAAUAAAAUCUAUGUUGGCUUUA